AUGGAUCAACAGCUUUUCCUGGGGAAAACACUCCGCGAGACCGAGGACUUGACAGACGGGGUGAUCCUUUGGGAGAUCCUCCAAGACAUUGACCCGCAGUACUUCCUUGACGAGAUCCCCGAGCGUGAACCUGGCGACCACUGGGUGGCCAAGUGGCAGAACCUCAAGCACAUCUACAAACUCCUAUCCAACUACAUUCGGCACCAGAACAACGACACCAUACCCCCUGGCCUCGACCCGUCGCCCGACCUCGAAGCCAUUGCCGAGAAAGCCUCAUCAAAGGAAACGAACAAACUUCUGAAAAUCCUCUUGAUUGCCGCCAUUUACUCUCCCAAUGCCGGUACCUACGUGCAGACGCUGCAGGAACUGAGUACCCCAACACAGGAAGGUCUCAAGGAGAUUAUUCAGGAGGCACAAGAUGGCGAGCAUGAACCUCUGGAUGGGGCCGAUGAGUUGAAGGAAGAAUUGGCCAAAGCCGACCACACGGGAGAACUGGAGCUCAAAUUUGAGGAGCGCGUUGGGAAGGUCUUGGCGGAGAAUGAUCGCCUCACACAAGAUAAAAAGGAGUUGCGGAAGGACCUCGGGGAUAUGCAUAACCGCUUGGCGCGUUUGCAAGAGAACAAUGAUACCCUUCAGAACCGGUUGGCAUCUACCGAAGACCGACUGGUGACAUUGAAAUCCGGAAAGGGGGAUCUCGGAUUCAACGCCAAGGCAUUGGAAAGCAAGACACGCCAGCAGGAUGAUUUGAUUGCCUCUCAGGAGGCUAAGCUUUCUGCGGCGCAAGACGAAAUCGAUAGCCUUCUUAUGACGGUGGAGUCAUUAAAGGUCAAGAACCAACGGUAUCAAAAGCUACAGGAUGAUUAUGAUGAGCUCCGGACCGAUCGAGACCAGCUAGCCCGCAAAGCAAAUGCCGCGGAGAAAUACCGACAAAAACUACAGGCCAGCCAGGACUUUGAAAAGGAGAACUCCACUCUAAAAAACCAGAUCAAAGAUAUCCAGCAACAACUGAAAGAGUCGGACUCGCAGCAAAGGUGGACAUCGGAGCGUGAUGUGGAGUUGGAAGAAUAUCGCAAGUUGCUACCGCAGCUCGAGCAGGAAUGCAAUGAGAUUCAAAACCUCAAGAAACAACUCGAAUUCAACAACCACGCCCUCACCGAGCGUUUAGAAAGUGCGGAUGAGCAGCAUGAAAGAGACGAUGCGUUGAUCAGUGAACUUCGUGAGCGUCUCGGCGAGCUGGAGGGAUUGCCUGGCACCUCGUCGCCGGGUUCCGACACACCGAAGAUGCAGGGAACACUCCACAAAGAUUUUGAGGCUAUUGAGUCCCAACUCAAAUCCGAGAAUGAUGAGUUGAAACGGGAUUUGGAAGCUUCGAAGCCACCAUCGACUACUUUCGGGGCACAAUCUGAAGGAUUCUCUGAAAGCUUUAAAGCGUCCGUGCAACUUGCUCGUACCAACACUACACAGAGCGAUGACUAUUGGAAGUUAUAUGAGACUUAUACCAGCAAUCUGAAGAGGAUUGCAGAGAUUCAGGACUCUCUGGAUACCACCAAGAAGGAACUGUCUGACGCGCAAACCAAUAUUGGCCUUCUUGACUACGAAAAGAGCGAUAUGAUCCGUGAACUGGAAGAGCACAACUCGACCGAGCUGACCAAGCUUCGCGGCGAGUGGGGUUCUCUUUCUCAGAAUGUGCACCACUUGGAAGCCGAGGUUGAUGCCAGUCAGACCUUGGUGCGCGAAGUGUGCGCUGAGCGAGAGGAUUUGCGCAAGAUGCUUGAAGACAAGCAGAAUGAGAUCAGCGCUGAGGACCAGGAAGUCAUGACUGAAAUGCAGAUGCUCCUGGGAGAGUUUGAAACUCACAAUAGCGAGGGCGGCGAUACGCCUCAGAAGUCAAGCUACGAGCUUUUGAAGCAAUGUGCCAGCGUAUUAGAGAAGAAUGUUGAGCGACUGGCUCAACGCGCAGAGUAUAUCCAACAACAAAAUGAACUCAUCAAGUCUCUACGCGAGCGGAUGAAGAAAUACGAAGAAAACUUUGACGACGGCAUCCCUAAAGAGCGCGAAAUUGAACUCCAGAGAGUAAUCGACGACCAGGCCCGUGAACUGAGCCUCGUGAGCUCGGCAUGGUAUCACCUCCAGAGCCGAUGGCAAAAUAACAAUAUGACCGUCUCUCGUUUCCGGCACGGAGCUAAUACGGCCGAUCUCCGCGGUUGGCUGGCUAAGCAAAGAAGUGUGGUUGCUGGCCAGUAA